AUGCUCCCGGCGCCGUGGUGCCGUGGGCAGGCAUGCGCACUGCUCCGUGGCGAGAGCGUGGCUCCAUCUUCAUCUAAAAUCGACGGGGGGUUGAAACCAGGAUAUCCAGCGGGGGUGGGAACCCGCGUUGAGGUCAGCCGGCGGCCCUUUUGCGCGCGAAACAAUACUGUAAAAAACAUGUCAAGACGGACCGGACUGCGCCAAGAGCCUCAAUUCGAUGACAGUCUCGAAUUUCCUUUCGUCGAGGGAUGUGGACGAUCAGAGGGGUUUGGUGUCACUAAUCUAGGGCUGAAAGUUGCAAUCCCCGUUCCCCCCUUCCCCUUCUUUGUCAAGAAUGGGCUUGAACUGACGUUAGUCAUGCUCAACUUCAAGCAUACGGCGUGCCAUAAUACCGCUCAUGAUAUAACCUCCUCCCCCGAAUCCCCUCUACUCCAAACAGCCUACCCGGCCCCUCCUUUUCUUUUCCUUCCCGCAUCUUGA